GAGAGCGGAAUUUUGAGUUUAGGCAGCAGAGCCUCAACAUUGACAUUGACAAUGGCCACGCCUCUGUUUGUUCUUCUAUGAUUCUUCUCAGUGUAUAAUCGAUCGCUCUCUAUUGAUUCGAUCGAGAUCGAAGGAGAACCGGAAGCGCUUCUCCAACCGAUUCUGAUGACAUAUUUGCGUCAGUGUUUGCAUGAAGGUUUGAAGCUUUUCCGGGUGAUAAAUAUCUUGACUUGAUUGUGGGUGAUACGAACUGGAUGGGAAUAAUGCAUCGCAGUGCUCUUAAAAGAUCAAAUGAUAGUACCAGGAUUCUCAUCGCAGCAAUUAUGGGAACUGCCUUUGGAUUUUUUGUUGGUAUUUCAAUUUCAUCCGUCCACUUGACUAAGAUUAGCUUACUUUCAGGUGUAGGGAAUUCUUUAGAUGUACCUACAGCUGAAAUAGACAGAUUUUCAGCUGAAGUAGACAAAUCUCCUGCUGUUAUUGACGAGUCUUCUGGAACCAAAAAUCUUGAAGUCCUAGGGUCAAUUAGAUUACCAAAGAUACAUGUUCCAUCAAAUCCCCGCGGAGCUGAAUCACUACCCCCUGGAAUUAUUGUAUCAGAGUCUGAUCUUUAUUUACGCAGAUUAUGGGGUGAACCUAGUGAGGAUCUGAAGAAAAAACCAAAGUAUUUGGUAACAUUCACUGUUGGUUAUAAUCAGAGGGAUAAUAUCAAUGCUGCAGUACAAAAGUUUUCUGAUGAUUUUGCCAUUUUGCUCUUUCAUUAUGAUGGUCGGACUAGUGAAUGGGAUGAAUUUGAGUGGUCAAAGAAUGCAAUCCAUGUUAGUGCAAGGAAACAAACGAAGUGGUGGUAUGCUAAAAGAUUUUUGCACCCUGAUAUAGUAUCAGCCUUUGAAUAUAUUUUUAUUUGGGAUGAAGAUCUUGGAGUAGAACACUUUGACGGAAACAAGUAUAUUAAUUUAGUGAAAAAGCAUGGUUUGGAGAUCUCUCAACCUGGUCUUGAGCCCAAUAAUGGAUUGACAUGGGAGAUGACAAAGAGAAGGGGUGACCGAGAAGUUCACACGGUUACAGAAGAGAAACCAGGCUGGUGUAGUGAUCCACAUUUGCCUCCUUGUGCCGCAUUUGUGGAAAUUAUGGCACCUGUCUUUUCUCGUGAAGCUUGGCGUUGUGUCUGGCAUAUGAUUCAGAAUGAUCUAGUGCAUGGAUGGGGAUUGGACUUUGCUCUCAGAAGAUGUGUAGAGCAGCCAGCACAUGAAAAAAUUGGGGUAAUUGAUUCUCAAUGGAUUGUUCAUCAAGUAAUUCCUUCUCUCGGGAGCCAGGGAGAGGCUGAGAAUGGAAAAGACCCAUGGGAUGCGGUUAGAACCAGAUGCAGAAGUGAAUGGGCCCAGUUUCAAGUUCGCCUAACCAAUGCUGAUAAGGUUUAUCUUGAAGGACUUAAACAUAAUGGGAAGGGUUGAAAUAUGGAUCAUUCUCCCUACUGUACAUGUUUUACAUACACUAGGUGCUAUUUGUUUUGUAUUGGGUUUUCCCCUCAGGUGCCGUACGUAUUUCUCAGUAAUCUUACCGAGGGAUUAGUUUAUACCAUUGUAAUUUAAAAAUUACUUUUAUUAUUAAAUAACUUUUU